AUGAUUCCUAUGGAUACAUGCAGUUCGAAAUAAAUGAACUUAAAGUAAUUAAGAGAUGUGAUGUUCCCACUUGGAUUUAUUACUUAUGGUGGACCCUUAGCUCAUAUUAAUGUGCUAAGAGAAAGAUUUAGGGAUUACACCACUGAAGAAGAAUUUCAGGAAUUAUUCGCAUUAUGCUAGACUUUACCUGGUCCAACUUCUACUCAAAUGGUAAUUGCAGUAGGAGCUAAUCUUACACACAGUUGUUUGGGAGGAUUAGUUGCUUUUCUAUAUUUUAGUAUGCCAUCUGCUUUUGUAAUGAUGGUACUAGGUCUAACUGUGCCGAACUUAUCAAUACCAUGGAUAUAAUUAUUGAUAAAUGGGUUUAAAUACGCAUCAAUUGGAGUAAUAAUAGAGGCAGCUUAUAAAUUAUCAAAUGGAGCCAUAAAAAAUAAAUUCCAUUUGUUUUUGUGGAUUGCAAGUGCAAUAGUAACGACUUUUUUUCCUACCCCUUCAAUUGCAGUUUUAAUGAUAGUCAUUGGUGCCAUUGCAAACUAUGUAUCUGAUCGCUAGAUUGGAUAAUAACUCUUAAUUCCAUAGGAAGAGCAAGUAUAACACAGUUUUGAUAGUUGGUUACUGGGAUACAGAUCGUUGAUUGGAUAUGGAAUUGCAUUUGUUUUGUUUUUUUUUUUGUCUUAUAUUGAUUGGAUGCCAAUUGCAGUGUGUAGUAAUUUAUUCAAAACUGGAAGUCUGGUCAUUGGAGGGGGCCAUGUCGUUUUGCCUAUGAUACAAUUUUCUUUAUCGAAUUAUUUGACAACAGAACAGUUUUGGAAUGCCUUUGCUUUGGUUUCUUGUAUGCCUGGUCCUAUGUUCAACAUAGCCAUAUAUAUUGGAGCUUUAAUUGGAGGUAUCCCAAUGGCUAUUUUGGCUGAAAUAUUUAUGUUUCUUCCUGGAUUCUUUACAAUAUUUGGGAUACUGCCUUAUUGGAAGAAAUACAGAGGAUUAAGAACUAUAAGAGCAGUUUUAUAAGGAAUAGCAGCAGUUGCAGUUGGGUUUAUAUUAAGUGCAAUAGUGCAUUUGAUAAUUAACUCUUGUAGUUAAGGCAUAGUAGUCCCUAUAGGCAUAGGAAUUCUCAGUUGUUUAUGCCUAUAUAAAAGUGUUCCAAUACCAUUUGUAAUAAUUGGAGGUGGAUUUAUUAAUUUAUUAGCAUAAUAUAAAUGA